GUUACAUUGUAUCCAUUACGUUCUGACGGCCGGGCGGGACGCGCGUCGGGACGCGACGGAUUAAUCGCGCCGCGUCUCUCGUCUGUCGCAGGAGGCCGAAUGACGGACGGACGUCGGGGAUUUGGGAUCUCUACGCACGGCGGUGUGUGUGUGCGCUCGCCUCCUUCGGCAGCAAACUGGCUUCAUGAGUGUCCAAAGUAACAGUGGAAGUGGUGGUGGAAGUUUGGAGGCGACGCCAUCUUGGUCGCAGCUCGCCUCGUCCCCAACGAUUUAUCAGCAACACACAGCGGCGACCGCAAAGACCAAGGAAGGCCCUAUGGAGGAACUGCAUAGCCUGGACCCCAGGAGACAGGAGCUGCUAGAGGCCAGGUUCAUGGGAGCUGUCAGCGGAAACACAGGGGGUAGCACUGGGAGCACCAGUGGAGGUGCUAAGGGUCUUGCCAAUGACUGUUCAAACCACAGCUAUGGCAGCUUAGGAUCCUCCAGUGACAAGGAGUCAGAGAACUCUGAUAUGAAGAGAGGGAGCUCCCCUGCCUACUCAACCCCAGAGAAGAAGCACUCGGAAUCAUCCAGAGGAAGAAAGAGGAAAGCCGACACCCAAUCAGAGAGCAGCCAAGGAAAGACCUCUACACGCGGACCCAAGAUCAGUGACUACUUUGAUGUGGGUAUCAUCCUAAACCAGUUCCAUGGAGGAAACGGCUCCAGUCCAGUGAGGGGACUCCCGCUGGCCCUCCGCUCACCACAGAACUCUCAUUCUGCUCCGGGCUCAAUUAUCCGCCAGAACAGCUCCUCUCCCACAAGUCUGUGUUUCGGGGAACACCUGAUGAAUUCCAAAGCCUCCUCCAGCAAGUGUGUCCAGACUGAGUUGACGGCUCUGAAACUAGCUGCACUCGAGAGCAACAAGAGUCUAGACCUGGAGAAGAAGGAAGGGCGGAUCGAUGACCUACUCAGGGCUAACUGUGACCUGAGGAGACAGAUUGAUGAGCAGCAGAAACUCCUGGAGAAAUACAAGGAGAGACUUAACAAGUGUAUCACCAUGAGCAAGAAACUGCUCAUAGAGAAGAGCAACCAAGAAAAGCAGUCAUGCCGUGAGAAGAGCAUGCAGGACCGCCUGCGCCUGGGCCACUUCACCACCGUACGACACGGAGCCUCGUACACCGAGCAGUGGACUGACGGAUACGCAUUCCAGAACCUGGUCAAGCAGCAGGAGAGCAUCAACCAGCAGAGGGAGGACAUAGAGCGCCAGCGGAAGCUACUUGCCAAAAGAAAGCCCCCUAACCCUUCAUCCCCCUCCUUCGCGGUGGCAUCCACUUCUGAGCCCAAGCAGCGCAAGACCAAGGUGGUCAACGGCAAUGACCCCGAUCCGUUCCUCAAGCCCUCUCUGCCUCAGUUACUGACCUUGGCCGAGUACCACGAGCAAGAGGAGAUCUUCAAGCUUCGCCUUGGCCAUCUAAAAAAGGAGGAGGCUGAGAUCCAGGCGGAGCUGGAACGGUUGGAGAGGGUGAGGAAUCUCCACAUAAGAGAGCUGAAGAGGAUCAACAACGAGGACAGCUCAUCAUUCAAAGACCACCCGACUCUGAAUGAGAGGUACCUACUGUUGCACCUGCUGGGCAGGGGUGGCUUCAGUGAAGUCUACAAGGCUUUUGACCUUUUUGAGCAGCGAUACGCAGCCGUUAAAAUCCACCAGCUCAACAAGAACUGGAGAGAGGAGAAAAAGGAGAACUACCACAAGCAUGCCUGCAGGGAGUACCGGAUACACAAGCAGCUGGAUCAUCCCAGAAUAGUCAAACUGUAUGACUAUUUCUCCCUGGACACCGACACGUUCUGCACAGUGUUGGAGUUCUGCGAGGGAAAUGACCUGGACUUUUACCUGAAGCAGAACAAGCUGAUGUCGGAGAAGGAGGCGCGCUCCAUCGUCAUGCAGAUCGUCAACGCCCUGCGCUACCUCAACGAGAUCAAACCACCUAUCAUCCACUAUGACCUCAAACCUGGUAACAUCCUGCUGGUUGAUGGUACUGCGUGUGGAGAGAUCAAAAUCACAGACUUUGGCCUGUCAAAGAUCAUGGACGACGAUAACUAUGGUGUAGAUGGGAUGGACCUCACAUCGCAGGGGGCUGGCACCUACUGGUACCUCCCUCCAGAGUGUUUUGUGGUGGGGAAGGAGCCUCCCAAGAUCUCCAACAAGGUGGACGUCUGGUCUGUGGGAGUCAUCUUCUUCCAAUGUCUCUAUGGACGCAAGCCUUUUGGCCACAACCAGUCCCAGCAGGACAUUCUGCAGGAGAACACCAUCCUCAAAGCCACUGAGGUCCAGUUCCCUGCUAAACCACAGGCUAGCACAGAGGCCAAGGCAUUUAUCAGGCGCUGUCUGGCCUAUCGCAAGGAGGACAGGUUCGAUGUUCACCAGCUGGGAUCGGACGCCUACCUCCUCCCUCACAUGAGACGUUCCAACUCAUCUGGCUCCCUGCAGCCUGCCGCCUCCUCCCUCUCUACCUACUGACAGGCUCUCCCACAUGACUGACAGAAGCCUUUGGCCAAUCCCAAGGCAGGAUUGUUCCAGUUGGAAGAAAACAAGGGGGGGGGGGGUGAACCAUUUACCUGAGCUGCUCCAAAAUGGAUGAGAAUUUGUGUCAGAGCAGAACGAAAUGGAAAAUGCAAGUUAGAUUGAAGGGGGGGGCAUACUGCUGUUACAGAUGUUGCACAGUAGUGUGCCUUCGAGUGUGACAGUUUUUGAGAGAUCAAUAGUGAAGGAAAACCUGGAGAACUGGGGCAGAGAAGGGAAAUAGAGAGAGAAAGGGGGAGAGAGAGAGCAAGGAGCAAUGGAAAUGCUCUACACUGUUUUUGUGUUGGAUUGGCCGCUUAUUGGCGGGAAGAUGCAGUCAUCAGGAGGCUAGUAGAUGUAUUUGUUGACUUAAGUAGUUACCCCCUUCAAAGACAUUUCAUCAGCUGUAACUGCUCCAAAAGGCCCUGUCCCAGCCCCUACACCGCCACCUAGGGUGCACUCCAAUGAACUUUCGACCCAGAGCAGCAAAUCAGGGAUGUUCACUCGUUGCUUACAUAAGGGCCGUAUUCACAGGGGAAGAUGUCCAAAAAUGUAGAGAUAGAAAUGCAGUAGUGCGGAAGAGUUAUGCGUGUCUGUAUGUCACAUAUGGGCUACAUAUUUGAGUUCACUCUGCAUUACAUUUCUACUUGGCAGGCAAAUACGGUUUGAUAUUGUUGAACAUACCCUUAUAGUGUUUGUGCAUGAGCUAUGGGGUGGCCCAUGUGGUCCAGGACAGGAGCAGAGCAGUAAUGCUCCAACCAACUGGCACUUGACUAAAGAACUACCCCAGGCAAACGUUCUGGGACUGAAUUGCACUUCAAAUCAAGAUCAUAGUCAUCUGGUGUCAAAGAAUUAGCAUGAAGUACUAAAUGCGACUGGACUAUUUAGUAGCCCUACGAGCCCGAAUCUCCUUCACGUUUUCUGUUGUUUCGCAGUUCAAAUCAGGUCUACUUCUACGGGAUUUAUAGAAUGUAGAUCCACAAAUCUGUCUUAAUCUGUUCUUUCGCUGUUCAGAUAAAAGUUCCCGAUCCCACCAGUGAGUAGUUUAGGCUGUACUUGUAUGACGGGGCAGAGCAUAACCAUGUUAUUGUAACAGUGACACAAGACAGUUCCUCUUCAGUGAUCUGCCCUGACUACAGACUAACUGAACUGAAGAGCUGUUAUCAGCUGUUACUGCAUUGCAAAGACUUUCAUUACAGGCCUUUUUUUGGGGGGGGGGGGGGGACAAUUUUUGGUGUACAUUUUAUGUGCAGGAGCAAGCAUUGCCCACUAGCAAACAUAUAAUAAUGAAUCUUACCCUUGCUUCCCAAUGUCUCACUUGCUUAGUUUCUUUGUGUCCAUCUGAAAGCAGAUCUCAUUUUGCUGCUAUAAAUGUUGCUUUUAGUUGGUAACGUGCAAAUGGUUCUGCCUAGGACAUCCAUACUUGAACUGUGUUAUGAGGAACAUUCUCCAGGGUAUCGACUCCAAAAUGGACAUCCACUGUGCUUUUCGAGAGGAUGCAACAAACUUGACCAUCAACGUCAUUGUUUCAACAGUUUUUGAUUUACUGUCAUAGAUGUUUCUGUCAUUGUAUGGAGCACAGCCCCUGUAUACAGUCGUAAUGAAGCUUUAGGGGAAAAAAAAGAAAAAGAAAGGCAUGACUAUACCCCCAUCCAGGAACGGCAUAGGGAGCUAACAGGAGUGGGCGUGCCUGCAGGGUUGCCGACGUCACAGCACAAUUUGUCAUAGCCGGAAAUCAAACGGAUAUAAAAAUGCACUUGGCUGCUAUAUGAUUCUAGAGCAAUGCUGGGACAUCUGAUGCCUUGCUAAGUGCAGACCGGCUGGAACAAGCUCAGAGUACACCAGUGGUCUAAGGGGGCUGUUCUCUGCUGUGGGGGAAGAUGAAACACAAAUGGCGGGUAUCUCAACUCCCCUCUGUAUCCUGGCCCAGCUGACAGCACAAACAUGGAGCCCUAAUGACUCUUCUGGUUUCAAGCCCUUCCGUGGGGUACCAAAACGUAACAAAGCUGAUAAAUCGAGAAAUGUUCUCGUUACGUGACAGUCAGAAUUGAUUGCAGCAAAAUGUAUGCUCAUGCUGAAAUGCAACAUGCAUUGGAAUGAGUGAAACCAGUGUAUUUCAUGUCUAGUUUAAUAAAUUGUAAUUAUAUUCACUUGGGUGUAGUAAGGCAUAAAGCAAACUUAUCCCUCUGCUAUAUUAAGGUUUUUUGUUUUUUUUUUAUCGUAGUUAAAAACACAUCAGUUCAAAAUGGGUGCUAGGAUCAGUUGCACACCGGACUGCUAAUGGCAUCCCUGUGCGGCAGGUCCAAGUACAACCAUUACCAAGCUCAGAUCACAUCACAGGGGUUGCAACGUCACAUCGUGUCAUUCAUAUGCAAUAAAGAUUGCCUUACAAGUUCUA